AUCUUUCCCCGCAAGGUCACGACGUCCUUGCUUCUCUAGCAAGUUAAGGUCAUUUAGAAGCAGCAACCAGAAUCAAGUUCAAGAAAAUGUCUCUUGUCACGGAAGAGAUCAAGGCCAAAGCUGAGGUCUAUUAUGGAGAUGAAAUCUGCCAAGAGAAAACAAAGCUCUUGCUCAAGGAAAUAGGGCUGCCAAAUGGGCUCUUGCCCUUGCGUGACAUUAUAGAAUGUGGGAUCGUGAUGGAGACAGGAUUUGUGUGGCUGAAGCAGAAGAAGAGCAUAACCCACAAGUUUGAGAAGAUUGGAAAACUUGUGACCUAUGCACCUGAGGUCACAGCUUUUGUGGACCGCGGCGGCAAGAUCAAGAAGCUAACUGGGGUCAAGACCAAGGAGCUCUUGAUUUGGGUCUCACUAAGUGACAUCUAUUUGAAUGACCCACCAACUGGAAAGAUCACUUUCCAGAUACCUUCUGGGCUCAACAGAUCUUUCCCUUGUUCAGCUUUUGAGGUUGAAGAAACUAAGAAUGUUAAGCAAGAAAACAAGGAAGACGAGGAAGUGAAAGGAGCUGUGGGAGUAAAGGGAGUGUGAGCAGUUUAGUUCACUAGUUUGACUACUGAUAAAUCUUUUCAUCUGCUGUGCUUUGCUACCCCUAAUCCCUCUCCAUUGUGAUGUUUUAAGUUGUUUACUUGUUUAUGUUGGUAAUGAAAUGCCUUUAGAAUUCAUAAAA